AUGUCUGUUUAUAGAAACAUUAUUGACUUAUUUGUUCGUUACCAAUUUGGUUGCAAUACAAUUGUAGAUUUGACAGAAAUACCAAGGUAUAGUGAAAUUUAUAAUGAUUAUCAUAAUUCGAUUUCGGAUGAUGUUAAAACCAACAUUCAAACUAUGAUUGCUCAUAUUCCUUAUGAUUCUAUGUAUAUUGAUACAAAUGCUGAAACGUAUGGAUCUUUAAUAUAUAUUCUUCAAGAAUCUGCACAAUUACACAUGAGAGAGUUAUACAAUAGUAAUAAUUUUCAAGGUUCAGAACAUACAAUGAAAAUUAAAACUUCAGUUUUCAAAAUGAAUCAACUUCAGGCUUACGCUGAUAAAGUGGCAUUAGAAUAUUGGAAGAACCAUGGUGGUAAUAUGUCAACUUUUGAAAGUUCUCGUUCGGAAGUUCAAAGAAUGUUUGAAAACGUUUAUGAUAAACUUCGUAUUUGGAUUUUAGAGUUGAAACGUUUUAUUAAGAAAUCUUAA